GCCCUAACGUUUUUCUCCCAACGCUAAUCCAACGAUUUUGUCUCCCCCCGGUGACACUGCUCAAAGACCUUCACUGGAAGUGGAAACUCUUCCAUCUCCAUUCUCUGCUGCUACGUCUGAACAUUUUGCCUCAAGGUCCUCAAUUUCAUCAUAUUUAUGUACAAGUAAAGGACCUCUACAAGUUACAUCCAAGAAGAAAGCAACGCACCAGUCAAGAUGAUGUGGAAGUACAUCCAAACUCUGCUACCCAACAACGAGCCUUACUAGUUCUUCCUUCAACUCAAAAAACAAGAUCUGUCCAUUCCCUGCCACCAACACAACCAGAAACAACUUCCGAAACCCCAAAAAAAAAGAGGCCUUACCAUCGCCAUCAACUAAAAAAAAUUGCCACACCAGAUCCACAAAAAAAAUACAAACCGCAGUAUAGGUCCAACAUAUUUGCAGUCAUUAGACUAUUUGACAAGAUCAAACUGAAGAAGCAUCACAAGGCUGUGUUAAAGCAAACCCCAUUUUGGAAAUUUUUUAAGUCAAUCAUCAAAAAAAGAUAUGGUGAUUCACACAGAACAAAGAAGAAUGAACAAGAUGUAGCUGAUAUCAUUCAAUGCUAUGACCCUAUCAAAAAAGCAUUCCGCAUUGGUGGAAAAGAUAUGGUAUUGACCAGCAGAGAUAUUAGUCUAAUUUUUGGAAUAGUCCAAGGCUCCGAACCAAUCACAACAAAAAGCAAAUCCACCAAGGCAACCCAGACCAACAGCAGACUCUUCAAAAAUGUGUCCAUGGAAAUAACAAAGACAAUCAUUGAGGAAGAAAUUGAAAAAGCAUUGAAUGGAAAAACCAACCAAGAUUUUGAGGAUGUGGCCAAACUACUCUGUUUGCAUGCACUUGUCACCGUGUUCUUUUGCAGUACCACCCACAUCCUUCCAAAGGCAUAUAUACAGUAUGUUGAUGACAUACAGGAAAUGGCAAAAUACGCUUGGUGUGAUGCAAUAAGGGAAAAAUUAAUGCUUUCAAUUGAAAAUAAGCACACAACACCAGAAGCAGUCCAUGGAUGCGUCAUUGCCCUAUUAUAUUGGUACUGUGAGCACACAUCCAUAUUGAAACAAGAUUCAACAAAUGCUUUCCCCAGAUACACCAAAUGGCAUCUACAGAAGCUUGCAACAAAAAUGUAUGAACAACCAAUUCAUACAUUAACAGCAAAUGAGGUAUUCGAGAAUGAGUUGCAAAUGACACAGAUUGAAAUUCAAAAACUUGGACAGCCAAACUUGGCAAACCAAAUGUCACAAAAUGUCAUUUCAGCUACUCCGUUAGACUCAGUGUUGAUAACAAAUCAACAGACAGACUUGUUGGCAACACCACAGACACAAACCCACAAUUCAACAGACCAAGGUGGAUCAGAUAUCAUGGUCAAUCAACAUAGUCCCAUCCUUGAUGAAACAGAACACCAAAGCUGCCAAGAGUCUCAAUUCCAAACACCAUGUCAAGAAUCCCGCAUUGUUAAUCAAACAAUCUUGUCACCUGAGGACAAUUCCAACCUGAAUACCCUGUGUCAAACAAUCCUCAACUCAGAAAAUCUGUUUCAUACUGUAGAUGACACAGAAACGGUUACUGACACAAUCUUGGCAAAUAUUCAGCAAGACAUGGACAGAGAGAAAAUCUUUGGAGACUUGGAAGACUAUAUUUCUUUGGAAACAUCAACUGAUAGUCUCGGCCUAUGUGCACAUCAAGCCUCUGUUCAUAAAAAGCAAAUCAAAUUGCUACAAACUGAAAGGAAACAAAUGGCAGAGAAAGUUCAACAACAGAACACCAGCAUGAAAGAGAUGGAAACCAAAUACCACAAACUUCUUGCGGAAAACAAGGAGCUAAAAGAGAAAUAUCAUCGAGUUCUGAAAAGCAACAAUGAGCUCACAAAUCAGUUUGAAGGGAUGAAGCAACAAAUGAACAACAAUGCUGAGCAAUGUCGGAACAUAAAGAACAAAUCUGAAGACUCAAUCAGACGAUUGAAGACGGUUUUAGAAGAAAACAAUGAAAUCAAAGAACAAAUGAAGAAGAUGAAGCAACAAAUGAACAAAAUGUUGAGGAAUAUCAAAACAUGAAGCUUUCUCUCUUUACUAUGCUUUUUGAUGGACGCAUUUGCACUUCCGAAAGCUUUUAUGUUUUUAUUUUAUUAAUUGUAAUGAAUGUAUGUUUUAAAAGAGUGGAAUAAUAUUGGUGUUUUCAAAACCAAUAGAUAGGCUUGGAGAAUUUCUCCAAGACCUUGAAUUUGAAUCAA